UCAGUAUAUCCAAAAAAGCGAGAAAAGCCAACAAAACCCGUUCUCAUACAGGCAAUUCUAACGCUGCCCUCAUCCCAUUCUGUAAACCUUUCUCCAUACAAGAAGAAGAAGGAUCGGAUUUACAGUACCAACUAGAAAGUCCAGUUCGACCAUAAGAGAUGUCACAGGAUCAUGACAAUAAGCGGCCAGUGCUUGUGCUACCGAAUGAUCCGGCUUACAACCAGCGCCGGCCUUUCACCAGUGAGGAUGAGGCCUGGAAGUCGUUCCUGGAGAACCCUCUCACAGCCGCCACCAAGGCCAUGAUGAGCAUUAAUGGAGAUGAGGACAGUGCCGCUGCUCUGGGUUUGCUAUACGACUACUACAAGGUGCCACGGGAAAAGAGAACAAUAUCCCAUCCAAAGACUGACGUCCUGGGCUCUGAUGUGGAUCCCAACAAAAGGAACAUGAUGGUCCCUCUCCAAGAGACGUCAAUGUCAUCGGAGAACAGAAUCCAGGUUCUGAAAGGAGUACCCCUAAACAUCGUUCUUCCAGGGAACCAGCACAACCAGGACAAGAGAGGCCUUUUCCCCACACCUGACACUACGGUGACGGUGUCCAUUGCGGCUGUGCCAAACUACCCCGUGAAGACCGAGGGUCCAUCACACGGUUUCUCCGUCACAGUCCCCAACCCCCACUGCUCAGAAUCUGACGGUCACACGGUGGUAUUUGACCGUCAGCUCCCCCACAACCAGUUUAGCCCGAACACACAGCCACGCACCCCAGACUCGACCUUCCCAGAGAACUCAGAUGUGUUCUCGUUCCCAGGGGAGCUCCAGUUACGCAUGGGUUCCAUCACGCAGGAGGACUACGGCAGUUUUGACACAGUGUCAAGUAAUAAUUUUGAAUACACGUUAGAAGCCUCCAAGUCUCUCCGACAGAAGUCUGGUGAUGGCACUAUGACGUACCUCAACAAGGGCCAGUUCUAUCCCAUCACUCUCAGGGAAACUGACAAUGGCAAAAUGCUGCACGGCCCCAUCUGUAAAGUCAGGAGUGUUGUAAUGGUAGUGUUUGGAGAGGAGAAAACCAGAGAUGACCAACUCAAGCACUGGAAAUACUGGCACUCAAGACAGCACACGGCCAAACAGAGAUGCAUUGAUAUUGCGGACUACAAAGAAAGUUUCAACACCAUCAGUAACAUUGAGGAGAUUUCAUAUAACGCCAUUUCAUUCACAUGGGACAUCAGUGAGGAAGCAAAGAUCUUCAUCUCAGUGAAUUGUCUGAGCACAGACUUCUCCUCUCAGAAGGGAGUGAAAGGCCUACCGCUUAACCUACAGAUCGACACCUACAGCUACAACAACCGCAGUAAUAAGCCCAUCCACCGCGCUUACUGCCAGAUUAAGGUCUUCUGCGACAAGGGUGCAGAGCGCAAGAUUCGUGAUGAGGAGAGGAAACAGUCCCGUAGGAAGGGCAAGUGCACUGACGUCAACCCUCCAUUAGUAAACUUUGGCCCAGAUGUCAAGGUGCCCCUCAUGCACAAGCGCAGCGACAUCACUGUCUUCAAGACAAUGACAGAGUUCGAGACGCAACCUGUUCUUUUCAUCCCCGACAUCCACUUCUCCACCUUCCAGCGUCAUUCUUUCUCACCGGAGGACUCAGAGGAGGGCUCAGCUAUGAAGAGAUUACCUUAUUCUGAGGAGGAGUUUGGAUCACCUCCCAAUAAGCUGGCAAGGAUGGAUGAACCCAAAAGAGUUUUGCUGUAUGUGCGCAAGGAGACGGAGGAAGUGUUUGAUGCUCUCAUGCUGAAAACUCCUACUGUAAAAGGCCUAGUGGAAGCGAUUUCAGAGAAAUAUGAAGUUCCUCUUGAGAAGAUGGGAAAAGUCUUCAAGAAAUGCAAGAAAGGGAUCAUGGUAAACAUGGAUGAUAACAUCGUCAAGCACUACUCCAACGAGGACACCUUCCAGAUCCAGAUGGAGGAAAUGGGAGGAAUGAUUAAGCUCACACUGACAGAGAUUUGAGAGUUAUAUUUGAGUCAUCCUACAGACUGGUUUACACAAGUCCACAGACUCUUCCUCCUUCUCUAUUAGGAUACUAGAGAUCCCUCAGCAACUCAUUGUCAUCUUUUAGUGUAGUCUAAUGAACUAUUUUCGGGUGACCAAGUAUAUGAGCCUUAAGUACUUUGUGAAUUUAAAUAAUGUAGAGUAUCUCUUUCAAAUAUCUUUUUUCUUUCAAACAUCUAAAAUGUUUUGAGCCAUAUUUUCUCAUUUUCCUGAGUAUAAGCAAACAGCUACAGCUUUUUACUAUUUCUCAUUCAUUUUGUGACUCUAAAAGAGAUCACAAUAACCAUUUACUCUUCGUUUUCCUGUUUAAAGUCAUAGCACUGGAGAUGCUAAUCUCUAAAAAGGAUGAAUGAACAGGGUGUUACCUUUGUAGUAAAAUGGGUUUAGGGAAUCCUAUUUGCUUCACUGUAUUGAUACAAAUACCCUGAGCAGUAUUUAGUGAGUACAGUAUAUUAUCCCUUGUGUGUGUGUGCGCGCAUUACGAUAUAUAUAAAUGUAGUGGAACAACAACUUUUUUUUUUUUUGGUCAUUUCACCAAUUAUCAGUCUCAGACUCUCCCCAAAGUCUGGGAUUCCUGAUAUGAACAAAUAAGGUCCACACAUCAGGCCCUCUGAUCAAUCCUUCAGGAGGUAUUUUCAAAUUGUGAUCCACAGAGAAUCAGUAUAAACUUUUUUUUUUUUUUACAAAACCACAAUACAAACUUAUAAAUAUCAUUCUGUAUUGUUGGUGAAUGAACUGUAAUGUGUUUCCCCUGUAACAAGAAACCCUACAAAUUUAUAACUUAUAAAUUUAUAUUUGCAAUCAACGCUAAUGUAAUUUAUGAUUACCAAAGUUCCUGUAGCUGGCGCCGUAUCAGUUUUGCCAAAAAAAAAAAAACCAGAAGCACGUAUCUUUAACAAUCAUCAAAUAAGUAGUGUUACAUUUUGCUUAUUUGGUAACCCAGUAACCAUUAUAUGAUGCCCCUUAAACUGCUGUUACUUUGAUUGUAUGAGAUAUUCAUCCUUUCUGUUGUCGUGAUGAAAUGUACAGGUUUUUAAUAAUUUUGAAAAUGCUUCUAAAUAUUUUCUAAAUAACUCAUACACUCUUUUGCAUCAUUUAUUGUGUAUAUAUUUAUUACUGGGAUGGGACUUUUUUUUAUAACUAUAGCAAGAAGCUAGUUUUCUAAAGUAUCUUUUUUAAUGUUUAAAUGAAAUCAUUCUAAAUGAUCUAUUUAUGCAAAUGGGAAUAUUUUUAGUUUGUUAUUAAUGUCUGAUUUGGUUUUAACAUGCAUAUUUAUGUGUUCUUAUAUGCAAAGAUAUUAUUUUCCUUUACUUUAGUCAGACAUGUUUCCUUUUGUAUCAAAUGCCCAUCUUAAGCUUCAAUAAAAGCCACUUGGGACUGUGUAUUUUA